AUGGUUCAUGGACGCAUGCUUGCUGGGAACAUCAACAACUGGACCAAGUUCUUUCGGCAAGCAUUCGGACAAUCGAAACCGGGGGGUUGGCUUGAAAUGAACGAGUUUGAGAGCAAGUUCUACUUAGGAAAUGACCAAGAAUCAGUGCAACUCAAUAUGCUGGUGAAGGUUUUCAAUGACGCGAGCGCGAAGUUUGCUAUGCGAGACGCUGGGUUUGAGGAUGUUGAAGACCCGAAUCUGAGAGAUCUGGGAGAAAUCGUCCACCGCGCUGCACUGGAGUCAGUGGAGUCUUACAUCCUCGCUCUUGGCUCGCGUAUAUUAGAAAAAAAAGCCGAAUCAAUCGGAGACAUUGUCAAGACUACCAAGAAUGAACUUAACAAUGACGAGUAUUGCCUCUACGUGCAUGCGCAUUGUAUAUGUGGACGGAGACCAAAAUACAAUUAG